CAUGCGCGGGUCUCCCGGUUAGAGGCGAAGUGAGCGCGAGCGAGCGAUGGUGGCGGUUGAGAGUCGGUAGAUUUGAACGGGGAGGUGACGGUUUGAGUGACUCCCUCCCCUCCCUCCUUCCCUCCCUCCGCGGCCAAUUUGGUUUGCUUGCUGACAGGGUUGGGGCAGCAGUUUCUUUUCAUGAGGGGGAAAAAAAACGUUCUCGGUGUCAGCGUGGAGCACAUGUGGAAUCGGGAUCCCCGCGCUGUGUGUUUAAGCCGCUUGACGCUCGAUUGAGGUGUUUUUUUUUUGUUGCUGGUGCAAACGAUGUCUGAUGAACCUUUGGCUGUUGUGAGGUGAAUGAAUAAGUAGAAAUGGUUCCUGUAUUUCCCAAAAUUUCUCUGAAGUCUGAGGUUGAAGAAUAUCUCCGAAAUGUGUUUACAAAUCGAGAGCUUCUGGCAACUUUGGGAUCUGAGGAGACUGAGAUUAAGUUUGAAGCCCUGUUAAGUCGUUUGUCACAUCCUCCGGCUUUCACAAGUGUCAGAGUCAAUACCUGCCUGGCCACAAUUGGCCAUGUUAAAAAGCUGUUGAUUGAAGAGAUCCAAAAGCAAUUUAAGGAAUGGACCACGAACAGCAUUCCAGUAUUAGAGCAUCCAAAACUUCCAGAUGUUUUACUAAUUCCUGUUAUUGGGCCCAGAAUAAAUCUACAUAGGCACUCCUCUGAAGUGAUUGUGGGAGCUCAGUGUGGAAAUGCUGUGCUUCGCGGAGCCCAUGUUUUUGCUCCUGGCAUUCUGUCAGCACCAAAAUUUAUGAAAGUUGGUGCUGUGGUUUCUGUUUAUUCAGACAUUGAUGGGAAAUGCAAAAGAGGAGCGAAAGAAUUUACGGGACCUAAAGUGUUUGUGGGGAAUGGAAUUGCCGAACUAAGCCGCGAUCAAGUAUUCUGUUCUGGUGUCACUUUAAGAGGUAUUGGAAUUAGAAUGACAGAAGCUGUCUACAUGAGUCCAUCCUUUGAUAAUCUCCUGCCUGGUUUUGUGUUUUUACAGAACCUGCCAUCUGUGGUAGUGAGUCAUGUGUUAAAUCCUAAACCUGGGGAAAGGAUAUUGGAUAUCUGUGCAGCUCCGGGUGGAAAGACUACUCACAUUGCAGCUUUAAUGCAUGACAAGGGUGAAGUUUUGGCAAUGGACAAAAUUGCAAACAAAUUGGAGAAGAUUAAACAGAAUGCUAAGAACUUACAGCUGCAAUGUAUCAAAGCGUUUUGCUAUGAUGGUACCAAGGCUCUUGAUACUGAAGGAAAUCGAGAUGGACAAGAAGGUCCUCCAUACCCACCAGAAUCUUUUGACCGUGUACUUCUAGAUGCACCUUGCAGUGGGUUGGGUCAGAGGCCAAAUAUGGCCUGCGCUUGCAGCUUAAAGGAAAUCACUUGUUAUCAACCUUUACAACGCAAGCUUUUUAGAACAGCAGUUCAUUUACUUAAACCCGGAGGCAUUUUGGUGUACAGCACAUGCACAAUAACACUGGCAGAAAAUGAAGAACAAGUUGCUUGGGCAUUGGCUUCUUUUCCAUGUUUACAGCUGCAACAACAGGAGCCUCACCUUGGUGGCGAAGGCAUGAUGGGUGCUGGCCUGUCACGUGAUCAACUGAAAUUGCUGCAGCGGUUUGAUCCAGCCAGCGUCAUUUCAAGAGACUUUGAUGUAUAUUCUUCAGAGCUGGAUCUCAGUCAGCAAGUGCAUUUAAUCAACUCUGCAAAUGAAGACACCAUAGGUUUCUUUAUUGCUAAAUUUCUGAAGGUGGAUGGUGUAUAGCACAUUCGUUUUAUGUAUUCACUGCAAUCUAGUUAACACUUGACACUCUACUGUAAAGCACUGCUGUGCUGUGAUGUUGCUAUGACAGCAAGCUGACGACAAUAUUGCUAUGGCAAUAGUGUGUUUUGCCAGCUGUUCGAUGGGAUCGUGAACCACAUGUUGAAGUAGGUCACCAGAGGUUUUUGCAUUUCAUUUAGAGCCCGGAUUAUAACAUUUGGUUUAGGUUGCUGCUUCAAUCUGAUAUGUUUCUAAUGUGUUUGGCCAUGGAAACAAAUCUGUGCAAUUACAUUAAAUGUAAAUAAUAUUGGAGAUCCAUCACUUUCCAUUUUUCUAUAAUUUUUAAUUAUAGUGACAGUUAUCAAUGAAAAAGACAUGCAACAAAUACAUUUUUUUUAUCAGUUUUUCAACGGUAUUGGUUAGUUGUGCCAAAAUAUUUUUUAUGUAACUUUUGGGUGAAUUAUUCAUUAUUCUAUCAAAGUGCAUUUUGAUUAAAACAUUGGCGAAGUAUAAUAAUGUGCUGUGUUUAGCAGCACAGGAUUCAGCCAUUGCAAGAGCGUUGUUUGAUUCAUAGUUUAUAGCAAUAAUAAUUAUGAUUUUUAAGCUGAAUAAAACAAAUAAUAUGUUUGAGAUUUAAAGUUGAAGAGUACUUAAAAUACGGUAAAAUUAGGUUAAAAGCAUACUGAAGUCAGAAAAGUCGGUAUUUUACAAGGCAAAACGGGGUUUCUAAAAGCUGAACGUUUCUAAAUUAAACAGGUGCUGUCUUCUAUUUUCUGAGAUUGUUUGGGAUAAAUUUUAUGGUCAUAAAAUUGUAAAAUGUUUACAGCACAGAAGGAAACUUCAGCUCAUCUAGUGUUAGAUUUCCCACUGGAGCUAUCUACUAUAAUCCUAUUCUCUUACUCUUUGCCAUAAUCUUUGCAAUAGUACUAUUUUUUAUCCAUUUAAACAGCAAGAUUUCUCUAUAGAGCAUCUUAAUACUAUUCUGUUUAAACAGUUUCAAAAGGGAACUGUUGAUCAAAUGAUUUUUGCAGACGUUAUUUUUAUAUUAAAAAAUGUUCUGAAUAGAAUACCUUGAAACAUCCCAUACAUUGGACAUGUAUUUAUAUGAUUGAUGACAACUUUAACAAUCAAAAAGAUGUUAGUAAAGAGAGUCUGUGCUGAGAACAAUAGUGGCAAGCACAAAAUCAUAUUCCAAAGUAUUAUUAUGGAUAGUCUACUGUAAACUGAAUACUGUACAUUAAGGCAGGCUUGGUUUCUAACGCAGCAUCUACUAUACUAAUAAAGACAAAAUGUCUGUCUGUGUGUCAGUGAAUCCGACAAUCACACAAUAACCAGUUGAUGUAGUGUCAUGAUUUAUAACUCAUUGGAAAGGUUUUGCAUCUGGCAGUGUCUUGGGCAUAUUUUUGAUGAACUGUAUUAAAAAAAUGCUAUAAUUAAUCCCCAAAAUAUGAGGUAUGCAUUCUAUUCUGCAUCUACGUAGUGACAGAGGAAAGCACACUAUUCAGAUCGAUACAUCUAUAUUCUGUAACAAAUGUAUGGUACUUUUUUCUGGUAGUCAUGGGAGCUGGACUCCUCCCAUGUGGGACAGACAGAGAGACAGUGAUAGUAAGAGACAUACAGAGAGAGCCUGCGAGAUAGAGAGACUGCAAGAGAGAGAAUGGGAGAGAAAUUGAGAGAGGUAGAAAGAGAGGGCGGAAGACUGGGAGAGAUGCUGAGAGAGAGACAGAGAGACUGCAAGAGAAAAUAUAUAACAGGAGUCCUUCCACAGGAGUCCUCUCACCUGAGUAUAGAUAAAGACUAAAGUGUGUGUCUGUCUGUGUCAAUCUAUUGGAUGCCUUAGUUACAAGCAAAGCUGCAAUGGGUACAGCUAUUUAUUAAUAAGUAAGAAUGGAUAUGGGGUAAAAAGAAAUUAGGGCUCUACAUUUACGAUUUCACUAGAUAACUAAAGAAGCCAUGUUUCCAAUAGAACACAUUUGCUUUCUUUGAGGAGCAAACUGAAGUGACUGAAAUUGAAUUGGUUCAUGAAUUCUUAAUUUGAUGCAAUUUGUAUUUUCAGAUGCAAUAUCUUAUUUUAAAACUUGAGAUCAUGCACUCAGGGGAAUUUGCUGAUAUAUAAUCCUGCUUCUGUUCCCUCUUUCUAACCAACCUCCAGUAUCAAGCAUUGUAUAGAACAAGCUUUUUUCAGCCUAAUGGAAACAAGUGCAUUAUGGUGUGCAUUGAGAAGUAAAUGAAGAUUGGUGCUAAA